AAUAGUAUCAGCCGCAAUCCUCCAACGAGUAAAUACAAAAAGAUAUUUCCGCAACCACAUUCAGAUCACUCCACGUGUAACCUCAUAAGAUUAAUAAAAAAAACGGACGCCUCGUGUGAUCAAGAUCCUCUUAAACCGCCACGUGGUCUCUCUUCUUCACUCCUCCUCCUCCUCCUUCAUCACCACCAAACAACAAUCACUCAAUAACUCGUGUAUAAUCUCAAAAAUGUCGUGCUCUCUGCAACUAAUACCUAGUUGCAGCAGCAGCAGCAGCAGAGUUUUGCACUACAAUCUCCUAUCUCCGACGUCGUUUUACAGUACUAGCAGAGAUCUAUCGUUCUUGUUCAAUGGAGCCGUGCAUUGGAAGAAACACAUUCGAUUGAGUAAAGGAAAUGGUAGAGUUUAUGCAAUGUGUGAUGGUAAUUCGAGAUUGAAGAUGAAUCUGAAUGAAUAUAUGGUUCAUUUAGAGAAGCCGUUCGGGAUUCGAUUCGCUCUCUGUGUUGAUGGCAAAAUCAUCGUACACGCUCUCAAGAAAGGGGGAAAUGCGGAGAGGUCCAGGAUAAUAAUGGUGGGAGACACUUUGAAGAAAGUUACUGAUUUGUCUAGCGGAAGAUUUGUUACUAUUAACGAUGUUGGUGAUGCACAGAACAUGCUGAUAGAAAACACUGGAUCUUUUAGCUUGAUCCUUGAGAGACCCUUUUCCUCUUUUCCAAUUCAUCAACUACAACUUCUCAAUGAUAUAGAUAUUAUGUUCAAUAGAGGACGUGUUCCUGUUACUACUUGGAAUAAAAAUAUCCUGUCGUCAAAUUUGAAAGCUUCUACUGAGGGAAGUGGGAAUUCUGGUUAUAUAACAUUUGCUUCAAAUUUUCUAACAUCAAAUGGAUGGAAGCUUUUGAAUGAUCAAAAUGGAUAUCUGGGAUUACAAUCAGAGAACACUCUCCGCUCUCCUGUGAGCCAAUUUGUUUGUGUUUUCUCUGAGAGGGAAUCUGGAGAAGGGGAAUGGGCUUAUGGGAACUUUCCUGUGGAAGAGUACAUCAAGGCAUUAGAACGUUCUAAAGGCGAGCUAUACUACAAUCAUGGACUUGGUAUGCGAUAUAGUAAGAUUACAGAGCAAAUAUAUGUAGGAUCUUGUAUACAAACAGAAGCAGAUGUAGACAAUUUGUCUAGCGUGGGGGUCACUGCUAUAGUCAAUUUUCAAAGUGUUACUGAAGCAGAAAACUGGGGAAUCAAUUUUAAUACAAUCAAUGAGUCAUGCCAAAGAUCCAAUAUUCUCAUGAUCAAUUAUCCUAUAAGGGAUGCAGAUUCCUUUGACAUGAGGACGAAAUUACCAUUCUGUGUUGGGCUUCUGUUGCGCUUAUUGAAAAAGAAUCACCGUGUUUUUGUUACUUGUACAACUGGUUUUGAUAGGUCUCCUGCUUGCGUCAUUGCAUACCUUCAUUGGAUAACUGAUACAUCCCUUCAGGCAGCAUAUAAUUUUGUCACUGGAUUGCAUUUGUGCAAGCCUGACAGACCUGCAAUUGCUUGGGCAACAUGGGAUCUUAUAGCUAGGGUGGAAAAUGGUAGGCAUGAUGGACCAGCGACACAUAUUGUGACUUUUGUGUGGAAUGGUCAAGAGGGAGAAGAUGUUUCGCUGGUUGGAGAUUUUACCGGAAAUUGGAAGGAACCAAUCAAGGCAAGUCACAUGGGUGGUCCAAGAUAUGAAGUUGAUGUUAGACUGCCCCAAGGAAAGUACUACUAUAAGUACAUAACUAAUGGACAAUGGCGGCAUUCAACAACUUCACCAACAGAGCAGGAUGACAGGGGAAACAUCAACAACAUCAUUGUGGUAGGCAAUAUUGCAAAUGUGAGGCCUUCUAUUCAACAACAAAAGAAGGAUGCCAACAUUGUGAAGGUAAUUGAGAGGACAUUGACAGAAAAUGAGCGCUUCAUGCUGGCAAAAGCAGCUCGCUGUGUUGCAUUCUCUAUUUGUCCAAUCAGACUAGCUCCCAAGAAAUAGCUGGGUAUUUGAUAUCGAUCCAGAAUUUCAAGGUUAGGACCUAACAUGGACUCGAAGUACAUGGACCCAACUUCGCUUGGUGCAUCGAAUACGCAUAGCCAAAACAACCUCAUGAUAAACACCAAGUUAAAGAAACUUGAAAAUGACUCGGGUGAAUGACUAUCGAUGAUCCAAGAAAUGGGUUCAGGUUUGAGUUUUUGAAGCUGUGAACGAGGGCAAGUACUAGCCUGAGCAGCCAUAGGUGAGCGUGUGAUGAUUUCUUGGAGAAGUUGUAGUAGUAAAGGAAGGAAAGGUUUUUCUGAGUUUAAAGGACAUUUGUCAGAAACCCAAAUAGUCUCUGGAGCAUUAUAAUGAUGAAAACCCUGUAAACAUAAAGCGAAUGUAACCAAUACGUCCGAGUUGGACCCAGCACUUCUUUCUGCUCUAAGAUGAAUAGAACGAUGAGUUGAUGAAUCGUCUCUGACGGAACUCGCGAGUUCAAAGACACGUGGUGACUCUGACUCGGCCCACUCGGCCAAGUCAGGAAGCGCACAUAUCCAUGACCAUAUAUCCAUCUUCAUCAAUCUUGGGGCUUAAUGGGUAUUUAGUUUUAGUUACUUUCUGUGUGAUAUUUGAAUGAAAGAUGAAGUAAAAUGUUAGUGCAGAUUUAGAGGUUUUUAAAGAGAGUGAAUGAAAAGAUUAUGAAAACUUGUAGCAAAAAUGGCCGUGAAAGAGAACAAGUGGCUGUAAGUAGUUUAGUAGUGUAUUUUGCUUCUGUUUUAUUUGAAGUUGAAUUAAUUGCA